AUGCAAUAACAUUAAUCACAACCAGCAUUCAAUCCAAAACAUUUAUUUACAAUGAAAAAGUAUUUCAAUGGAUAUGUACAAUAAAACAGAUUUUUCCACAAAAAAACUGAAAACAAAUCAGAAAGUGGAAAUGAUGUUUUUAAAGAAAUUUAGUAACUCCCUCAAAUUGUAUAAAGAAUUGAUAGAAGAAUUGAGAAUGUGAAUUAUAAAUAUAAAAGUGCUCCCAUGAUAGAAAAGAAGAAGCAGAACUCACGUAAAUUCUCUUUUCCAGUACUCAAGUAUUCUCCAAGUGAAAAUAAAAUGUAAUUGCAAAAGAUAAAAGAUUUGAUAGAAUAACACACCUCAAGAGUAAUUGUUAAAGAUGACAUGCUUAAACAUAUGGUUGGUUAUAGCAAGAUUUCGUAGAUGAUUAUUUGA